AUGGAAAUCAAAGAGGAUGUUGAGGGUGGUAAGCAGAGAGGAAUAAGAGAACCAUUGAUAGGGGAAAACAACAACAAACUUCUUCAUGAAACCAAAGAUCAUCAUCCAUGGAUGGUUUACUUCACCACAUUCAUUGCAGUCUGUGGUUCUUAUGAAUUUGGUGCUUGUGUUGGAUAUUCAUCUCCAACUCAAGAAGCUAUCACGAAGGAUCUUAAUCUGUCUUUGGAAGAGUACUCCUUGUUUGGCUCCAUCUUGACUUUUGGUGCGAUGAUUGGCGCAAUAACAAGUGGUCCUAUUGCUGAUUUUGUUGGAAGAAAGGGGGCAAUGAGAGUAUCAAGUGCUUUCUGUAUUGUAGGAUGGCUUGUUAUUUAUUUUUCAAAGGGUCCAGUUCCUUUGGAUAUUGGGAGACUAGCAACAGGAUAUGGAAUGGGAGUUUUUUCUUAUGUGGUUCCCGUCUUCAUAGCAGAAAUUGCGCCAAAAGAACGCCGAGGAGUCUUGACUACCUUAAAUCAGUUCAUGAUUGUUAUUGGGGGAUCCUCGUCAUUCAUAUUUGGAACAAUACUUUCAUGGAGGACUUUAUCUAUAAUCGGCCUUAUUCCAACCGCCGUGUUGCUUUUGGGUCUAUUCUUCAUUCCAGAGUCCCCUAGAUGGCUGGCAAAGAGAGGACACACGAAAGAUUUUGUGGCGGCAUUGCAAAUACUUCGCGGUAAAGAUGCUGAUAUAUCUCAAGAAGCAAAGGAAAUUCAGGAUUAUAUAACUAGCUUAGAACAGCUCGCAAAACCGAAAGUUCUGGAUUUGUUUCAAAAAAGAUAUUUACGCUCACUCACGAUUGGAGUAGGGCUUAUGGUCUGCCAGCAAUUUGGUGGAAUCAAUGGAGUUGGUUUUUACGCUAGCAGUAUUUUCGACCUAGCAGGAUUUCCUUCCGCGACCGGUAGUAUACUUUUUGCUACCCUUCAGAUUGUGAUCACAGGUGUUGGAGCAGCCCUCAUAGAUAAAGCAGGCAGGAAGCCGCUACUAUUGGCAUCUGGAUCAGGACUGGUUACCGGAAGUAUAUUUACCGCAGUUGCAUUCUAUCUUAAGGCUCAUGAUGUGGGUGUGGGAGCAGUUCCAGCUCUUGCUCUAGCUGGUUUACUGGUCUACAUAGGAUCAUUUUCAAUAGGAAUGGGAGCAGUUCCAUGGGUUCUGAUGUCCGAGAUAUUUCCUGUUAAUAUUAAAGGACAAGCAGGAAGCAUAGCCACAUUGGUGAACUGGUUUGGUGCAUGGCUAUGCUCUUAUACUUUCAACUUUCUCAUGAGUUGGAGCACCUAUGGUACCUUCAUUCUUUAUGCUGCAAUCAAUGCAUUAGCUAUAUUGUUUAUAGUUGUAGUAGUUCCAGAAACAAAAGGUAAAAGCCUUGAACAAUUACAGGCGGCCAUUAACGCGUAA